CUCUUCUCUGUCACUAAGGGAACAAGAUGGCGUCUGGUAGUGGGUCCAGUAAGAACGACUUCCGUCGGAAGUGGGACAAAGACGAGUAUGAGAACCUGGCUCAGAAACGACUGGUGGAGGAGCGAGACCGAGAGAGGAGAGAUGGGAAAACGGCUCCGCCGGUCAAGCGGGAACUCCUGCGUCACAGAGACUACAAGGUGGAUCUGGAGUCCAAACUGGGGAAGACCAUCGUCAUCACCAAGACCACUCCUCAGGCUGAGAUGGGGGGUUAUUACUGUAAUGUCUGUGACUGCGUCGUGAAAGACUCCAUCAACUUUCUGGAUCACAUCAACGGCAAGAAACACCAGAGGAACCUGGGCAUGUCGAUGCGGGUGGAGCGGUCGUCUCUGGAUCAGGUAAAGAAGCGUUUCGAGGUGAACAAGAAGAAGCUGGAGGAGAAGCAGAAGGAGUACGACUUUGAGGAGCGCAUGAAGGAGCUGCGGGAGGAGGAGGAGAAGGCGAAGGCCUACAAGAAGGAGAAGCAGAAGGAGAGGAAGCGUCGGGCGGAGGAGGACGUGGACUUCGAGGAGGACGAUGAGAUGGCGGCAGUGAUGGGUUUCUCAGGCUUCGGCUCGUCCAAGAAGAGUCACUGACGCUCUGCAGCUGGACUGGGUGUUGAGGACCUCCUCCCUCGCACCACGACAGGAAGCUGGUGUUUGCACCGCCCCCCCCACUUCAGGCAGGUGGAGUCAGAGACCAGACUAUAAAGACAGGACGGAGGAGUCGUGCCGCAGGCUGCGGUCAGUCCUCCACAGUCCUGGACUUUGACUUUUUUAUUUACAACCGGACUCUUAUUUUGGUAGUUUUCUCCAUCACUCUCUGUUCUGAAGACGUUUCCUGCUGCAGCUUCCUGUCGCUGAGAGGAGGAGCUGGUUUCUGUCGGAAACAUCGUCAGAACCGAGAAACGAUGGACGAGCAAAAGAGACCAAACAGAAUCUGCAGAAGUUUCCUUUAACAUGAUGAUGAUGAUGAUGAUGAUGAUGAUGAGGAUGAGGAUGAGGAUGAGUCUGACAGCGACACGUUUAAGUUCCUGCAGAUAAAAGGAUUUUUUUAUAUCAGAAACCAGAAACUAUUUGAGCUGUUUUAGGUUUUUCUUCAUUCACACCAAAAUGAAAUUUAACACAUUCAAAGACAGAUGUAACUUGUUAAAUUUUAUUUUGAAAAGCUCAAACAGCUGAUGAGUUAAUGUUUGGUGUUGAGGUCAGAGGUCGUCUGUUUGUUCACGACACUGAAUGUUGUGGAAAUGAAGAUUUUAAUAAAUACUGUGUUUGUUUCCA